AAAAUUUUUAAAAUAGUUGCUUACAUGUAUCUAAUAGGAAAUUUUUUUCACAUCACGCCAUGUCACGUAAACUUUCACACUUUGGGUUGUAAAAGUAAAUUGAAACAAGUUUAUUAAUUCAACAAACUCUAAAACUAGAAUCACUCCAAAUCACAACAAAACAUGUUUCAUGAAAAGAGUUUUGCGAUUUUGUAAGAAAGGAAAAAAUCAAGUUCCACUUUAGUCAUAUAACGUCACUCUCAUAUAUACAUACAUAUGUAUAAAUUGAAUUUACAUACGAGAUUUAUAAGAUAUCAUAUUUCAGCAUUUCAAGAUAAGCUAUCCAAAUAAUCUCUCUAAUCUUUUAAAGAAGAUAAACAACAAGUAGGAACAUCGGCUAACAAAUGAUGAUAAGUGCAGCGUUAUUACUGUUACUCACAGUUUUUUCAGUUAGAUUUCAUAGCAUGAUGAGCUCCAGUUGGGAUCGUGUUCGCCUACGUGUCGAAACAAAAGAGGGUUUUGAACCGGCUGUCGAAACUAAUGUGAGUGCUGAUGUACGUACCAUAUCUGCACAUAUACUGGACACCACAGUGGGUCAGGCUGCACCAAAUGUUAAUAUUACAAUUUAUCGCCUAGAAGGUGGCAAUGAUUGGCAGAAACUAAAUGUUGAAACAACGAAUCCAGAUGGGCGUGUAAAUCAAUUAGUGAGUGCUUCGCAAUACAAAGCGGGCAUCUACAAGUUGGAUUUCGAUGUGGCAUCAUAUAACGCAGAACGUGGAGUUAAAAGUUUUUAUCCUUUUAUUGAGAUUGUCGUACAAUGUGAACGGAAUCAGCAUUAUCAUAUUCCGUUACUGUUAAAUCCGUUUGGUUACACAACUUAUAGGGGUACUUGAAUGUUAAGCUGAUUAAUGAAUUACUAAACUAAUAUUUGAACACACAUGGAAAUAAAUGAUGGUUAUAUAUAUGUAUAUAUAUAUAAACGCAUAGUGGCUCAAACAAAUGAUAACUUGUUGAUUUUUUUUUUAAUAUUCGUAGCGUUUUUCGAGCUAAACUUUUGUGUUAUUUUUCUAUAAAAACACCGUCCAAGCUUUGACUAGUAACAUAUAGACCACAGUUUCAGACUUUAUUCAAAAUUUAUAAAAAUUUAACAAAUUUUCAUUGAAACUUAAACUUUUUAAAUAACAAGUGUUGCUAACGGUCUCCCGCAUAUACAUACAUAUAUGGAACAAAAGCGUCAUAAAAACAUUACAGGGUAAAAUCAUACACUCAAUUCGUCGGCCAUGAUUUUUUUACUGACGUUCGCAAGCUUUUUAA